GUUUUGUUCUCUUCUCCCACUAGGAGAAUUAAACACUUUCGCCUCCAUGAAUAACGACGAGGCACCACCGCAUGAGCAGAACAAGAUGGUCUCUCCUCCGACCACCACGAGCCUGUCUCUUCCCAAUGAUAUACUUUUGAGCUUCCUAAGCCGCGUUUCAAGACUCUACUACCCAACUUUCUCCCUCGUCUCCAAGAGCUUCCGCUCUCUCAUCGCUUCACCUGAACUAUACCAGACCCGGUCUUUCCUCCACCGCACAGAGAGUUGUCUUUACGUGUGCUUACGUUCACUCACCGACUCCAACCUCCGCUGGUUCACCCUCUGCCGUGUCCCAGAUCGUAAACUAACAAACUUCUCAGGUGGCCAUUUACUGGUCCCGGUUUCAUCUAGCCAUGCUCCUCCUCCUCCUGCUCAUUGGUCGAGUGUGGUCACUGUGGACUCGAACAUAUACGCUAUCGGAGGUCCUAUCAACGACGCCCCUUCCUCCAGAGUCUCCUUCUUGGAUUGUCGAUCUGACACGUGGCGCAUGGCUCCUCCCAUGCGUGUGGCUCGUAACUACCCCACUGCUAGUGUUCUUGAUGGGAAAAUAUACGUAGCAGGAGGCUGCGAAGAUUGCGAUUCACUGAACUGUAUUGAGGUGUUCGAUCCAAAUACUCAAAGUUGGGAGUCAGUGGCAAGUCAUGGGAGAUGCGAGAGACUUGCGUACAAGAGCGUAGGGAUCGAAGGUAAGUUUCACUUGUUAGGAGGUGCAAGUCACGUGGCUUACAACCCUGAAGAUGGUAGAUGGGACUCGAUGGGAACGGAAAUGGAUAUGGGUCGGGCGUGGGUUUCUUAUUGUGUGAUAAAGAACAUAUUGGUGUAUUAUCACGAAAGGGAUAGAGAGUUCAAAUGGUAUGACUAUAAAGGAAGAUUCUGGAGGAAGUUGAUGGGUUUGGAAAGGUUGGUUAAGUUUCUAUGUUACAGCCGUGUUAACUUGGCGGAUUAUGGUGGUAAGAUGGCUGUUUUGUGGGAUACUUUUGUUCCUGGAAGUGGUUCUAAGAACAAGAUGAUAUGGUGCGCAGAGGUUACCCUUGAGAGCCAUGAGGUAUAUGAUAUUUGUGGUGAGAUUGAGUGGUUUGAUGUUGUUCUUAGAGUUUCCAAAUCAUACGAGUUGGUACAUGUUAUUGCUGCUACUGUUUAAUUAGCUGGAUUUUUUCUCUUGUAUUCUGAAUUGCAUUUGUAACACAUGUUAGUCCAAAGCUAUAGAACAUGGAAGGUGCGCGUAAUGUAUACUUCACCACGUGCAUCCCAAUUAGUUGAAAGACGAUUUAAAAGCCUAUAUGUGAAGUAACAAAUGAUCAAAAACCA